AUGUGGACAUAGAUUUAGACUGAAAUUAUUUCAUCAACAUUAAUGUAGAUUAAUUUAAAGCAUCCACUGAGUAAAACAGUCCAUUACAAUCAGUGGUGGAAAUCGGAUAUAUUUAAUUAUAAAACCCUUUAUGAUCUAUAAUAACAUUAAACUUAUUUCAUAUUUUCUCUAAACCUUCUUGGAUACUAAGACAGGCACCUGCAAUUCUGGCCAAAUUAAAGAUAUGUUGUGUGUGAAUUUGCAGGUUGUAAUGUAAGCAUCAUUAAUGACCCCUUGUGUUUAAUUUUAAAAAAUUAUAUAUCAUAUUCACUAGUACAUCACACUACACAUCCAUAACUAAGGCAAGAAUUAUCUAGGAUUAUUCAUUUAUCACUAUUAUCCUAGCCUACAGUUUAAAUAAACAAUCAACAACUAGUAUAAAUACUAGUAUAUAGUAAAAUACUAGUAUAAAUAGUAUAGUAUUUAAAUAGUCAUAAGCAAUUAUAGUUUUCACGCUGUAAAUAUUCAAGAUUUAUUAUAUAACAUCUAAAGAUGAAUUCGACCAAUUAUAGUACAUUAAAGAAAAUGUUCUAGUUCUUCAUUCAUGCCAUUUGGCAUCAUGCCAAUUUAACAGAUUGACGCACCAAAACAAAACAAUCAAGUAGCGGAGGAGCGAGGUGCAAACGACGUUGUUGAAAAGAUUAAUUAGUGAAAUGAAAGAAUGAUUUAAUAAGAAAUCUGAAUGAUUAUUAAUUGUCUCUUAUUGGCCUGUUUAGCUAAGCCCUCAAAACACUUCUUAUUUAGUGGUACAAUAUUGCAUGAUUUGUAGAUUAUAUUUAAUAGUUUACACUUUGCAUAAACAUUUGCAAUUAGUUUUUAAAAGGUAACAUAAUAUUAUUAAGGACUCAAAGCUUACUUUUUUGUUUCUUGUGCUCCUACUUCAAAAAAAAAAGAGAAAAAAAUUAGGAACACCACCUGAUCAAUGACAGAAAUUAACCUUCACAUUAUAAGGUGAUAUUUGACUCCUUAAAGGUUUUUUUGUUUGUUUGUUUGUUUUUUUAAAACAUUGUAAUGCCACUAAAAAAAGAUUUAUAAACGUUUAUAAAAAAUAAAUAAACAAUAAAUUCAAUUAAAAUAAUAUACAAUCAGGAAGAAUAAGUUACUAGUCAAAUGAAAUCAGUAUCAACAUCUUUGCAUGGCAAAGAAAAGCACAAAUACAGAUUUUUGACAAGAGGUGGCAUUAAUGCAUUUCAUAAUAACAAUGUUAUGAAAUUAAAGUUUUGAAUAUAGAAAUAUUAAACAAUUUAAAUGACUCAAUUUAUACUUUAAAAAUGAAACCGCCAGUAGGUGGCAGCAAGUCACUCUGAAUCACUGAAUCAUUCAUUCAAUCCAUUCGUUCAAAUGGCUGAUUCAUUUAGGAACGAAGCAAGUGACUCCCUUUAUGACUCACUAGAUUUGUUCAAAAACGCAGAUUCAUUCAUAAACCAGACUGCUGUGUUUGCUUGGAGAUGCACAGCGGCUCAGCUGGGACUUGUUUGGAAUUAUUUUAGUUGAGGAAAUAGAGCACAAUCAGACAACAGAGUUCAUAAAACGUAAUGGUUCCCAACAACAUUCUGCCAUCAUACACACCUGCUGGGUCUUCUAGCUUUGUAGAAAACAACCAGAGCGGCCUAAAUGAUUCAUUAGUGGAUGUCAGUGGGCUGUGCACAGGAUGGAUUGCCCAGACCACCAGCACAACUGCCCUUCAGCCUCUGAGUCACUGGACUCCUCCUGACCAACACCACGACCAUGCCAUCCCGCCCCACACGGAUAUGUAUGUCCAGCCGAUCUGUCCCAGUUACACUGUAGUGGGCCCUUCCCCUAUGUUGACGUUUACACACGCACCUCUCUUCACUAACCUUGCGACCAUGAGCACUUCUAGCUCAGCCCUGCCUCAGGUGGAGGUUCCAGACUCCUCUUUGACGUACAUUCCUUGGGCUCAGCCUUUAUCCACCAUCUCUGGCUCCGUCGUGCAGGCCCCCUCGAUGCCAGCGGCCCUGACGGCCCCCCAGCUCUUCCCAGUGCCUCUGACCUUGCCAGUAAUCUCACCAGAACCUGAGCCUCAACAGGUGGAGACUCCCCAGGCCCCCGAGGGCACUCUGGCCCUUGAGAAACUGCUGGAAGAAGAUGAGGGCCAAAAAGAACCCUACAUCUGCAACUCCUCACUGUUUUCAGAAGAAAUUUAAAAUAUUCGCAUUAGAACAAUUUUUGUGCUACUUAUUGAUAUGUAGGAUUUGCUAGGGUGAUACAGAUGUGAAGCAUUUAGUGCAGCAUUUUGGCAGCUCUUGUGAAAAAUUAAAUUUAGAAGAUAUAACAAAUCUGAAAACUACUGUGAAGGGAUACACUCUUAAAAAUAAAGGUCCUUUAUUGGCAUCUGUGGUCUCUGUGAAGAACCUUUAACAUCCAUGGAACCUUUCCAUUCUACAAAAGGUUCUUUAUAGUAAGAAUUCUUUAAAUUUUCAAUGAAAUGUUAAUGUUACAUGAAAGGUUCUUUGGGGAACCAAAAUUGUUCUUCUAUGGAAUCGCUGCAAAACCUUUGGAACCUUUAUUUUUAAGUUCAGUCAGUUCAAGUCACCUUUAUUUAUGUAGCACUUCACACAAUAGAGAUUGUUUCGGAGCAGUUUCACAGUAUUAAUCAAGAGAAUAUAUGAUGCAAACAUCAAAUAUAAUCUAAAUUAUGCUCUCAAAACAAUAGUGUCAUUAUUCAGCUCUUGUCAGUUCAGUGUUGAUUUAUUUCAAAAAAUUGUCAAGUUCAUCAUUUAUGAAACAAGUUCAAUUCAGCAAAAAAAAAAAAAAAAAAACAGCUGAAACAAUUAUUCGAGUUCAAUGUUGAUACAAUUCAGUUCAAUAACGAAAUUGUUUCAUCUAUAAAACAGCUCUACAGAGGACAAUAGUGUCAUUAUUCAGCUCAAAUAAGUUCAAGUUUUGUUCUCAUCCAGUAGUAUCAGUGCUUUAAAAUCGAUUUUAUCACUGAAUAUUGAGAGUGUAGAUUUUAGCAGGAUUGUGUAGCUUCAAUUUAAAAAAACUGCAGAAUUCUGUUGCCUGUUUACAGUGGUUAAAAUGCUCAAAUGUACAUUGUGCUGUUCCUUCUUUACAGUUCAUUAAAAUGUCAGUUAGAAUUAGAAAGCCAGAAGUUUUCUGAAAGUUGGAGAAAUCCCCUGUGGAUGUUAUCAUUUUAUCUACCCACGUCCUUAACCUGCAGGCUUUGUUGUCUCUCAAGUUAACACCUUUCUUAAUGAGAUGUUUGAAUAAGGGUCUGCUCCGUGCACGCUCUACCAUGAAAUCUGCUUUUUUAGAGCUUCUGUGCAUCACCUUUACUAGUCAAACGGGUACGACAAUAAAGCAAACGUGCAUUUGCAAA